ACAAACACAGGAGAGUAUGAAGACUGAAGUGAUUGUGCGUAAUCAAGACUGUACUACCCUACCACCUGACAUAGUAUUUUCGGGAAAAACAACUGCUGCACAAAGCUGUCUUCAAAAGGUAGGCGUCUUUGUGUAUUUACAGUGUAACAUGUAAUCAAAUCAAGUACAUAAUUUUUACGUAUUCAAUGGUUUUGGUGACGGUGAUCACUACGACCUGUGUUGCAACUAUUGAAGCACUUCGGUAUUUGUACGACGCUUUUUACAUACCACUGGUUUUUUCUGUACUCGGUGCAACCUUCUUGUUAGUGCUUUCCAUUAAUGAGAAAGUUAGAGAGACUUUCCCACUUAAUGACGUACUGAUCUCACUUUCGGUCUUAUCAUGGUCUAUUGCAUUACCUGUUGUCACCAAAUCCG